GCAGUUGUCGGUUAAGGUUGGCAGGCGGCGCGGGAGGCGGUGCGGGUCCGGAGCGUGCGGGACGCCCCGCCAUGGCCGUGCCCUCCGAGGAGGAGCUGCAGUCCCUCAAGUACUCCGACCUCCAGCGCUUGGCCAAGAGCCUGGGUCUCAAGGCCAACCUCAAGGCAGACAAGCUGUUGAAAGCCUUGAAGCUAUACUUUCAGCACGAGGAUCAGCAGGAUGAGGGCGGCCGUCCCCCUGCCCCCGACCUCUCCGACGGUCACCAGGAAGAGGAGGACGCGGAGCCCGGCAGCUUUGUCACCGAUCGGCGCGGCGGAGGCCAAGGAGCCCCAGAGGCCGGGGCCGAAGAGAGUGUCGAGGUGGAGGAGUCGCGACCGUCUGUAGAAAAUCUGGACGGAGAAAGCGAGCCCGGCGGGUCGCCCAAGCAGGAGUCCCGAGCCGAAGACUUGGUGGCUGUCGCCGAGGCUGCAGCUUUAGCCCGGGAGAACUCGAACGGUUCCGCCGCGGGAAGACCCGGAGUAAGAGGUGAACCGUCGUCCGCCAUCCCUCCGGAGGGAAGGAUCCCUCGCUACGUGGGCCGUGGGGGCAGAUGUGGGAAGACCCAGACCAAGCCGACGACUCCACACUUCAGGAAGCUCCACGAAGCUCACUUCCUGAAAAUGGAAUCCAUCGACACCUACAUCGAGCGGAAGCGGAAGCGUCUCGAGGCCCUGGACGGCUCCGUCAAGGAGAUGAAGACGCUGACUAAAAAAGCCAACCUGCUGAGGACACCCCAGAGCAGUGCCAAGAAACGUCCGGGCGGAGGGCUUCUGCUCAGCCCGGCCCCCGUCCGGGGCCGACCUCCGGCCUACACGCCCGGCGGCCCGCGGCGCUCUCCGCGCACCCCUCUGGGUACCGCCAAUAAGAGCAUCUUGGGCCCCAGGUUGCCCUUCAAGCCGUCGGUACUCUCGGCCACGAAAAUGAAUGUCAGGUUCUCCGCGGCCACCAGAGACAACGAGCACAAACGCUCGCUGACGAAGACCCCGGCCAGAAAGCCCUCGGCCGACAGGGGCGGAGACCGCAGGGAGCGGGCCGCCGCCCGAGGGAAGAAGGGUCGCGACUCUGGCGCCGCCGUGACGCCCUUCAAAUUCACCGCCGUGACGGCGCGGACCCCGGUGACCGGCAAGCCGACGUUUGACCUCAAGGCCAGCCUGUCCCGGCCCCUUAGCUACGAGCCGCACAGAGGCCGGCUGAGACCUUGGGGAGAAGCCAAGGAAAACACGGCCCAGGGUGAAGGCGCCACAAGGAUCGAGUUCCACAAAAAGACCUACAAGCAGCCCCGCCUCCGGACCAGGGAAGAGAAGCGGAAAAGGCAGAACCAGGACCGGAAAGGGAAAAAAGCCAGCGUCCUGGGGGCCCGGCGCGGAUUGGUCGUGGCCGCGGACUAGCUUCACCUCCGAGGGCUCUGUAGACGCCGCCCGUCUCCUCCUCCCGUAAACAGGCCCGCGUCGUAGCGAACUCCCUCUCGGCCGUGCCCGCCGCCGGCGCCGUCACCCGCCGCUCGGCCCCGGCUCCCGCCGCCCUCCGUCCGGCGCGACCCGUCGUCAGAGGCGGAAGACGCCCCCGGCCGCCCUCUCCCCGGGGGGCCGUUCCUCCCCGCUCUCCCUCCGGGGGCCCCGGCGCCGGCACGGGGGACGGCGGGGUCCUUCUAGCUCCCCCGGCGCUGCGAAAUCCACGAGCGGCCGGGCCGUGAAGCUCGCCUCCUCUCCGGCUCCGGAAAGCGAGGAAAGAGCAGCCGUUUCGAGGGGCGAUCUGACUUAAUCUAAAUAGCCGUCCGCUAAGCCGACUCCUCUCCCCAACUCUGUGUGUUCUGUAUCUGUGUGUGUCUCUCCUCUAACUACUGGAAACUCUUCUUUCCUGAGAAGCACUUACCAACCCGGGCAAAGCAUCUAGAAUUUACCCUGCCCAACUCUCUCCCCUGGAUCUGUCCGGCCGGAGGCCCCAGCCCCCGCGUUGCGCCCCUGCUCUUAGAAGAAGUCUGCAUUUAAUAGUGGUUGCAGAGAAGAGGGGAGGGGGUAGCCAAACAAGGCUCUUCUUUGCGAGUUUUAGACUGUCUUCCUUUUAUAAAGAAAAUAAAUACGCAAGAUGAUCCCACC